GCGCCGGAGGCUCCUCUCGCGGGCCAGGGUUGAGCGACCAUGGCGGACAAGGAGGCCGGCGGCAGCGACACCGGGCCCCGAGAAACGGCCCCCACCUCUGCAUAUUCAUCUCCAGCCCGGAGUCUUGGGGACACAGGAAUAACGCCUCUGUCCCCUUCCCAUAUCGUGAAUGAUGCCGACCCCAACGUCUCGGAACAGCAGACGUUUCUUGUGGUGGUGGCCAUCGACUUUGGGACCACAUCCAGCGGCUAUGCCUACAGCUUCACCAAGGAGCCAGAAUGCAUUCACGUGAUGAGGCGAUGGGAGGGAGGCGAUCCUGGGGUGUCCAACCAGAAGACCCCGACCACCAUCUUGUUGACCCCUGAGAGGAAGUUCCACAGCUUUGGAUACGCUGCCAGGGACUUCUACCAUGACCUGGAUCCCACCGAGGCCAAGCAGUGGCUGUAUCUGGAGAAGUUCAAGAUGAAGCUGCACACCACAGGGGACCUCACCAUGGAUACAGACCUGACAGCAGCAAAUGGCAAGAAAGUCAAAGCCCUUGAAAUCUUCGCUUACGCCCUGCAGUACUUUAAGGAGCAGGCGCUGAAGGAGCUGAGUGACCAGGCGGGUUCGGAAUUUGAGAACUCGGAUGUCAGAUGGGUCAUCACGGUGCCUGCUAUCUGGAAACAGCCGGCCAAGCAGUUCAUGAGACAAGCUGCUUACCAGGCAGGCCUGGCCUCUCCUGAGAACUCGGAGCAGCUCAUCAUUGCCUUGGAGCCUGAGGCCGCCUCCAUCUACUGCCGGAAGCUGCGUCUGCACCAGAUGAUUGAGCUGAGCGGCAAGGCGGCGGUCAAUGGGUACAGCGCCAGUGACACAGUAGGAGCGGGGUUUGCACAGGCUAAGGAACAUGUACGGCGUAAUCGUCAGAGUCGGACCUUUUUGGUGGAGAAUGUCAUAGGAGAAAUCUGGUCGGAGCUGGAGGAAGGUGACAAGUAUGUGGUUGUGGACAGUGGCGGAGGCACCGUAGACCUGACAGUCCAUCAGAUACGGCUACCCGAGGGACACCUAAAGGAACUGUAUAAAGCAACAGGUGGGCCCUAUGGAUCCUUGGGAGUAGAUUAUGAAUUUGAGAAACUUCUGUGUAAGAUAUUUGGAGAGGAUUUUAUCGAACAGUUCAAAAUCAAGCGUCCUGCAGCCUGGGUCGACUUAAUGAUUGCCUUUGAGUCUCGAAAGAGAGCAGCUGCUCCAGACAGAACCAACCCUCUCAACAUCACCCUGCCCUUCUCCUUCAUCGACUACUACAAGAAGUUCCGUGGGCACAGCGUGGAACACGCCUUGAGGAAGAGCAACGUGGAUUUUGUGAAGUGGUCCUCCCAGGGUAUGCUGAGGAUGAGUCCAGAUGCCAUGAAUGCCCUUUUUAAGCCAACCAUAGACAGCAUCAUUGAGCACCUCCGGGACCUGUUUCAGAAGCCGGAGGUUUGCACGGUCAAGUUCCUCUUCCUGGUGGGUGGCUUUGCCGAGGCGCCCCUCCUGCAGCAGGCAGUGCAUGCUGCCUUUGGUGACAAGUGCCGGAUCAUCAUCCCCCAGGACGUGGGCCUCACCAUCCUCAAGGGCGCCGUCCUCUUCGGCCUGGACCCUGCGGUCAUCAAGGUACGCAGGUCCCCACUCACCUACGGGGUGGGCGUGCUGAACCGCUACGUGGAGGGUAAGCACCCACCCGAGAAGCUGCUGGUGAAGGACGGCACUCGCUGGUGCACCGACGUGUUUGACAAGUUCAUCUCUGCUGACCAGUCGGUGGCCCUGGGAGAGCUGGUCAAACGUAGCUAUACCCCGGCCAAGCCCUCUCAGCUGGUCAUUGUCAUCAACAUCUACAGCUCUGAGCAUGACACCGUCAGCUUCAUCACUGACCCAGGGGUGAAGAAGUGUGGCACGCUCCGCCUGGAUCUCACGGGGACUAGCGGCACAGCAGUGCCUGCCAGGAGGGAAAUCCAGACCCUCAUGCAGUUCGGGGACACCGAGAUCAAGGCCACAGCCAUCGACAUAGCCACCUCAAAGAGUGUCAAAGUGGGGAUCGACUUCUUAAAUUACUAACCAUCCUUCCCUGCCGCCCGCCCCUAGGACCAGCUCAUCUGCAUCUGCUGACCUUAUCCUUGACUGUCCUGACCUUGACCUUGACCUUGACCCUUGCCAUUGCCCACCUGAACUUUAGCAGGAGAACAACCAGGGUGAGAAAUAACUAGGGAUUUUUGGAGGGUACACUGGAGUCAGAAAAGUGGUCAGAAAUUACGAUUGAGGUCUAGGAACAGGAAAUUCAAGGAUCCUAGAAGUGCAGCUAGUUUUCACAGGUACCAAAGUGGUGCACCAACCACCC